GUUCCCUUACGAUUACACCAUACCCUUCUAUUACAUACUAACCGUCAUUCUCAGCGUGUUGCUCGUAUUCUUCUGCAUGAAUGCCAUUUGCAUUGUCGAUGGCCUAUUCGGUUGGUUCGUCUAUAACAUUUCGGCUCACUUGCAAAUUAUGCGGCUAAAGCUGGAACAUCUUGUACAACUACAAAUGGCUGACCCACAAUUUCAAGCAGACUUCGCUGCGUUCAUCAGCUAUCACCGGGAAAUCAUUUCACUUACGUUGGAACUGGAUGCAGUUUAUGCGCCAAUCAUUUUCUUGGAAGUUACACUUUCGUCUCUGCCUAUCUGCUUCCUCGCCUAUCAAUUUACUUAUAUAACGGAUCCAGCUAAUGUGCCCUUUAUGUGUCUGCUGUUGUCGUCCAUUGUGUUACAGUUAUUGAUUUAUUGUUUUGGUGGUGAGAAGGUGCAAAAUGAGUGCGAGAAAUUAUGUGAAAGUAUUUAUUUGCUCAUACCAUGGCACAAGUUACCGCCAAAGCAUUCGCGCUUAUAUCUCACACCAUUGAUACGCUCGCAACGUGCUCUAGUUUUGACGGGCUACUUCUUUACAGCAAACCGUAGUCUACUUGUAUGG